AUGGAGCCCAAGAAGCUGGAUUUUAAAGUCUUUCCCCCAGGGGUCACUGUGGGGACUGUCCGCACAAAGUCUGGCAGCACGACCUCACCAUCUGACCACCGCCGGAGCCACCUCGCGGUCCCAGGGUCUGAAUCUGGCGCCGGGGCCGUGGUCUCCUGGCACCGUCCUCUYGCUCUUGCAGGUCUGAUCCGCCUCCUGUCCCUCGCCUUCGUCCUGGUGGCCACCUGGAUCUUCCUUCGCUCCUCCAACAGCUUCARCACCAAAACCCUCCGCCUGCCGCGCUGGAUGGAAACCAAGAAGACCAAGUGCGGCCUCAGCAAGCCCUGCCCGUCCAACUACUUUGCAUUCAAAAUCUGCAGCGGGGCCGCCAACGUGGUGGGUCCCUCCAUGUGUUUUGAAAACCAAAUUAUCAUGAGUCCCGUGAAGAACAACAUAGGCCGAGGCCUGAACAUCGCCCUGGUGAACGGAACCACAGGACAGGUGCUGAGAAAGGACUCUUUCGACAUGUACUCCGGAGAUGCCAAUCUCCUGGUGAAAUUCCUUAAGGAAAUUCCACGGGACACACUGGUGCUGGUGGCCUCCUACGAUGACCCGGGGACCAAAAUGAACGAGGACCUCAGGUCCCUCUUCUCCAACCUGGGGAGUUCCUACGCGAAGCAGCUGGGCUUCCGGGACAGCUGGGUCUUCCUAGGAGCCAGAGACCUCAAGAACAAAAGCCCCUUUGAACAGUUCCUAAAGAGUAACCCAGAAACAAAUAAAUAUGAUGGCUGGCCAGAGCUGCUGGAGCUGGAGGGCUGUGUGCCCCGGAAGGUAUUCUAG